AUGCAGUCAAGGUCUUUCAUCACCCAGAACAUGAGCCUUAGCAGUGCUCUUGGUCUUCCAGCAUAUACCUUUCGGCGGCUGCUGCUACUGGUGUCGUGCCUUCUUGGCGUGAUUCAGUAUGGGCUGGUUUUAACGAACGGAGUGUCUGUGAGCGACUUCAACGACUACUACGGGCUGACUGAGGCACAGGGGAAAUUCCUCUACACCUGCCUCAACUUCGGCGCGUGUGCCCUCUCCUUCAUACCAGGUCUUUGCUAUGACCGUCUUGGAUGUGUCCCAACAAUGCUGCUGGGGACCCUUAUCGCCGACUUUGGUAUCAUCUUGCAGCUCAUUUGGACCCCCGAUUUUCCGUCCUUCGUAAGCACCAUGGGAGGCUUAUCCUUUUGCUACAUCUGCUUUGGAUUUGCAGCCACCUUCUUCAAUGUGAUCGGCUCUUUUGCACCUCUCGCCGUCUUCCCAGUGCAAUCCGUUGGGCUGGUCUCAGCUUGUGUUCAGGUGUGCAUGUCUCUUGGCAUGACGAUACAAACACAGGCCUACUAUGCACUUAAGAAGGAUGGUGGCGAUCCCAUCAUGCGGUAUUUGAUUUACGCAGUCAUUACUUUCAACGUGGUCGGACUGCUUAUGUGCGUUGUCUUCUGGCUGUGCCGGAACCUGAUGAAGCAGGCGGAGGCAGAAGAGGAAGGUGAGAGCGAGAGCCGAAGCUUGUGGAGCUGCAUGAGAAGUUCUGAGUUUACCUACAUGAUGGUCCUCUUCUGCGUGGCCAUCGGUUUCAGCUUCAGCUUUCUGGACUGCGAGGCCAGUCUGGCCUCGGAGGUGGAUGUGAGCAGCAAAAACCUGACCAGCGUCUUUGGCAUUGUGAAUGCCUUGGGCCGCCUUGCUGUCUGCAUCCCACUGGAUUGGACAAGAAACCACCGCUGGGGUGGUGUCUACACCUACAUUCUUGUAUCCCUGGUGGUAUACACCGCAGGCAUGCUACUACUCGCCAUCCCAUCUUCUCCAGAUGCGAAUACUAUGCGCAUCGCAAACUUGCUGGCCUCCUUCGGCUAUGGCGGGCUCUUAGGCAUUGUCCCUCCAGCCUUACGCCUGACUUUUGGGACAACUCAUCUCGGGGUCAUCUACGGGAUUCUCUACGUGGCCGUUGCCAUUUUCGAGCCCAUCUGGAGUUUUCUGUUCAAGAAGCCUGAGGGCUGUCGUGGUGUGGAGUGCUACCGUGUAUACACAAG